AUGCAUUGGCUGGCGCUGAUGACACUGCAGGCUUUGUGGUUGGGUCUGUGUCAUGCUAUGCUACACUACCCAGCUUCGUGGGGACACUACGACGUGUGUAAAUCCCAGGUCUACACAGAGGAUGGUCUAACAUGGCACUAUAUGGCCUGUCAGCCUGAAGCCACAGAUAUGACCAAAUACCUGAGAGUGACCCUAGACCCUCCAAACAUCACCUGUGGCGAUCCUCCAGAGAUGUACUGUGCGCUGGAGAAUCCAUACAUGUGCAACAAUGAAUGUGACGCCUCCACAGAGGAGCUUGCCCACCCCCCUGAGCUAAUGUUUGAUUCGGAAGGUCGAAACCCAACAACAUUCUGGCAGUCAACAUCCUGGAAGAAAUACCCAAAACCUCUACAGGUCAACAUCACCCUGUCCUGGAACAAAACCAUUGAGUUAACAGAUGAUAUUGUCCUGACCUUUGAAUCUGGACGACCAGAACAAAUGGUGCUGGAGAAGUCGUUGGACUAUGGUCGCACAUGGCAGCCAUACCAGUUCUAUGCUACAGACUGUCUCGAUGCCUUUACUAUGGAGCCAAAGGCGGUUCACGAGCUCACCCAACGCACCCUAUUAGAUAUCAUCUGUACAGAAGACUACUCCAGGGGCUAUGUUUGGAAGUAUGACAAGACCGUACGUUUUGAAAUCAAAGAUCGUUUUGCCUUGUUUGCUGGGCCACGUCUGCACAAUAUGGCUUCACUGUAUGGUCAGCUGGACACCACCAAGAAUCUGAGAGAUUUCUUCACCAUCACGGACCUCCGUAUCAGACUGCUACGACCUGCAACAGGUGCAACCAUGGUGGAUGAGAACAACCUUUCCAGAUAUUUUUACGCCAUCUCUGACAUCAAAGUGCAGGGCAGGUGCAGGUGUAAUCUUCAUGCCAAUAGCUGUGUGUAUGACAAAGGAAAGCUGGCCUGUGAGUGUGAACACAACACCACGGGGCCAGACUGUGGGCGCUGUAAGAGGCACUACCACGGCAGAGCUUGGAGUAUGGGAUCCUACCUGCCAAUCCCCAAAGGCACUGCAAAUAUCUGUAUUCCCAGCAAUGUUGGCCCAGCUGUUCGACCAAAUGCCUCAUCCCUUGGGGUUGCCAACCGAAAUCAAGCUCAAGUCUGUGACAACAUGCUGUUGCGCUGUCAGAACGGGGGUGUGUGCCACCUCCACCAGCGUUGCCACUGUCCGCCAGGCUUCACCGGCGUGCUGUGCGAGAGGGUCCGCUGCCAAGGCGAGACGUGCGAGGAGCCUGCAUCUGGUCAGGCAACCCCCCAUCCUGCUCUUACCAGCCAGGCCCUCCUGCUGCUGCUACCACUGGCUCUCAUCCCAUCCCAGCUGGCCACCUGGGGCUACACAUCAUUCUGA